CUUCUUGCAUCGGCAGAAGGCAGCAGUCUCGGCCGGAUGCUCCGAACUUCUGAACAUCGUCGUGGUCCGCGCGGUCUUCCCCAAAAAACGACGACGAGUAAAAGUUGACCUAAUUGGUCCACGCACACACACACACAUGCACGUGGCGUUCGCGGUUCAGUUGUUCCGUCUCAGUUCCGCGCGCGCGUAAAGCGUUACACUCACACAUACUCAGCCGCGUGCUGCAGCCGUCUCUUUCUCGCUUUGUUUUGGUUUGCUAAACUGUGCCAGCAACAGUAGUGGUAAAACGGUGAAGAAGCAAACAUCCAAAAAGUUGCAAAUUAAGUGCAAAAUGCAGCAGAUAAAAAAAAAUCUGGCAAUUAAACGUGUAAUUCGCGUCAUUCAAGAGUGCGCCAGCGGAAAACCGUGCUGCCAAAUAGGCAAAAAAUAGUUUCAAAAAAUGGCCGCGCAACACCGUCGUAUUGGCGGUUUGUUUACAAGCCGUGGCGAGUGAUUAAACCAGUUUUUUUUUCAAGCUUCUCCGUGCAACAUCCGAGCAUCGGAUGCUAUCACUUCGCUGUGUGUUGCGAAUAUCUUUAAGCCACAUAAACCUAUAUAUCUGAGAUCAGCCCCGGACAAGGUUGCACGCGCGCAGUGUUGUCGGUUUUAUGGGCGAAGAAAGUAUCCGCAAUCUCGCCGACCGACGGAGAUGUGUGUGAGACAUCACAACACCCCGAGCAGCGCGUGCGAAAACCACCUCUCGAACAUUUAACCCAUGUAGCACCGUGCGUCUCCACUUGACCACCCUUGGAGGCCAGCAGCAGCCAGUGAAAGAUUGCUCCACCUACGCACUCUAGAGCCAACCGUAGCGUAGCAGAUCUUGGGGACGCUCCCCACCUCUCAUUCCAUGGCGCGGAGGUCAUCCGACGGUGGUGGCCACAGUCACGUAUGGACCAUUUUUCCAAAGAUUUUUGUCAUCCAGUCGGAAAUUGGCCGCGGAACGUCACGGAGAGGGUUUUAAAAAUAACUGUGUGUGGUGAGGUUUGGAGCGAACUUGAGCUUUUCACGAACGAAGGCAGAAAUUGUGAAUAGUUGGUGAAACAAUGGCAAUUGCUAUGAGGAAGCUGUCCGGGCCAUGAGUUCGCGUCGGGAGGAAGCUACUUUCACUGUGAAGGCAGUGCUCUCUUAUCUUUGAGAUAAGAGGAAUAGUUCAAGUUUGAAGAAGUGCCCUUCUCUCAACGGCAGGGUUGGAGGGUUCAACUUGAACUUAAGACUAAAGUUACUUUCGUGGUUGCAUAAAUAUCCCAAAUGAUCGUUGUUGCAACGUUAACGAGUGAGUGUUUUCCAUCUCUGGUUGAACAGCGUUGAAGAGUUCAACUUGAAGAAGUUUUACAAAAUGUUCAUAACUAAUGAAAAUUACACAGGUUGAAAAAAAUUGUGUCUAUUGUGAUGGUUUCUACAACUGAGUUAUUUGAAGAAGGAAAAACAUCGUUCGUGAGUGACUUUUUUCCAUCUCUGGUCGAAAUUUUUUGAGGUGAUCAACUCGAAGAGGUUCCAUGUAGCUUAAAAUUGUUUCAAAGUUAUUGUUUACAAAUCAAAUACGUCGUUACAUCAUUAGUGGGUGCAGUUGAUGUCUACCAUAAUCAUUGUUUUUAGCUGAGUGAUUGAAUAGAAGAAAACCCAAAACUCAUUCGCGAGUAUUUUCCACCCCUGGCUGGAAGUGGUUCAAGGUUCAAAGUGUGAUGCAGCUGGCAAACGGAGCAGAGAAAAAGCAAAGUUUAAUUGUGCCUGAGGGACGGUCCCCGGCGAACAAAAGUUGAUUCCGCCAGGGAAGGGAUUUGUGGUCGGCCUCACCAAACCGCGCCAGUAGACCGCAAGUCGACCCUUUGAACUUCCGCCAGCGCAGGAGGAGGAAAUCCUUAUUCAUGACCCUGUUCGACGGCCCGCGUUGAUCGGGCAGAUAAUGUGGGAAGUGGGCUGGAAGUGUGGGAUUAAAUUUUGGGAACCGCGGAAGCUGUGAAAACAAAAAAAAACUUGUGGUUUGCCUUCUGUCUGUGCUGAGCGAAAGGAAAGGAGUUCAAGGAACGAGAAAACGGUCCUUCAACUAAAUUCCACGAGUUAGACCAAGGUUCCUUUCGAGAUCAAAGCUCAAGGUGCAGACCACAUUAACAGCCACCACCAGCAGAGCAGAGAAUUCCUGGAGUGACGGCCACUUCUGGUAUAACAACCCUUGGCUAAUAACCGUGCAGCGGCACACUUGGAAACUCCCCCUCCAUCCAGCAACGAUUCCUGGCCACAGACUUUAACGACGGAUCACCACCGGCAACCAUCAUCCGCCUUCACCAUCGCCAGAGGACCCGCGGCGAACUUGAACUUGACGCUCGAAACUAGCAAACCAACUGAAGCGCGCAACCAGCGAAUGGUUUAGUGUGUGUGUGUGUGUUGUUGUAUUUUUAGCGAGCCGAUUUGUUGCAAAACUAUCGCAAGAUGCAAAAAGAAGGCGUUCGGCGGCUUGUUGGAGAAUUUUCGAGACGUCGUCCAAGACCGAGACGACCACGGCUCUAGAGUUCAAGCCACCCCGCCGAGGUCGAAGAAUGUUUGAGGAAAAAAAAUGUUGAAGAAGCUGCAGUUUGUGUGCGUGUGAGGAAAACAUAAACAAUUUUAAAGUUGGAAUUUACGUAAGUUGGAGGAUUUCCCGAACGCUCCCAACGCAGACACGUCCACCGUUGGCGACGUUCCGCGACAACACUGACGGUGGGUUUGCGAGAUCAGAUUCUGCAAAGCCGACAACACUACUACAACACAGAAACGCACGUUACGCGUACAAAAUACAGCUGUGAAAGCCGAAGCUGGCACACCGAAGGUGUGUGUGCAAAGAACAGAGUGUAGAACACAGAGCAAACAGGUUAAGCCGAACUCGUCUUCGGGCAAAUCCGUCGUCGUCGUCGUCGUGUUCGUUCUUCCGCGUGCUGCGGACACGAGUGCGGUGCAACGGACGAGAGACAGUCGGUUUAGUCGGUGGUUAGCAAGCGGUCGGUGCUGAUUCAUUGCCUCAUUCAGCGGAAGACUGCCGCGCGACGAGCAAGUGUUUUCUCUCUCGAGGAGCAGUGCUUGAAAGGAAGAAACAACAAGGAUAUACACAUCAACCCUCCUAAAUCUCCCGUGUAAAUAUCAGCUGGUAGCGAGCCAAGUCAGCGGCGAACGGACUCGCGCGAAUAUCUGGAAGAAUCGGUGCAGAAAGUUCUUGGUGCAGCAACGGUUCUUGGGAUAGAAGAAGAAACCCAAAGUGCAGUGCCACAAGAAGUGAAGCAUACGUAAAUCAGAUAUUGUGUGUGUUAGGGGAAAAGAGUGUGACAAGUGAAGCGUUGAGUCGCGCGCGACAGUUGUCGAAACAAUGAAACUUCGGUACCAAUUACAACGUUGAUUGCUAACCGCCAUGGAGUGCGACAGCUGAAGCGGCAAGAACGCGCCGCGUUCAGUGUCUAGCCGAAAAGAAGGGGGGUCUUGAAAACAAAAAUUUGUACACACACAAAAGUGAGAAGUGAGCAAAAAAUGACGACACCGCUUCAAGUAGUGACGACGAAAAGUGAAACUCCACAAUGUUAGCCGUAGACUGUCUGGUCGGUGGAUUACUAGUCAGCUCGAUCGGUGUGAAUAUCCUAGCGCUCGGGGCUUUCUGGGUCACUCCAAGUCUGCGAACGACCGCGAAUCGGUUCGUGAUCAACCUGCUGAUUGUGAACCUGGUAUGCUGCAUAAUUCUCGGCCCGUCGCUGCUGCUGAAUGCAUUUACCUCGAAAUCCGGCGGUGGGGCGCAUCCACCGUCGACGGUGGUGGUACUGGCCGCGACCACUGUGUCGACCUCCACCACUGCGGCGUCUUCAGCGGCGACCUCCGGAAAUGUCGGCGGCGGAGGCAGCAGUCGAGGCUCUUCGACUGGGCUUCCAUUUACGAUCGUAGUGAACUCCACCGCGGCCAGUGACGAUAGUGCUACUAGUGUACAUAAUAGAACCGAUAGGAUAGUCAAGUGCUGGAAUGGCACCACCACCAUCGAAUGUGAUACUAUUUUGAUAAGAAGUAAUGUAAAUAUAGAAAAUGUGCUGCACGUGAAGUCAUCGCAUCUGGGCGAUGCCGAUGACGAUGAUGCAACGGGCUCGAAGCUUACACUAACAAAGAUAAGAUGCUGGGGGCUCGACCUGGUCGUUGCCCUGGGUUCCCUGUCGGUGCUACUGGUAGUGGGGGAUACCUGGUGUGCCAUUACGGACCCACUGCGCUACCACUCGCGAAUCUCCGAGCUCAAGGCGUGGGCCUUCAUCGCGACUACCUGGCUGCUAGGAAUUGCGUUCGGAAUCGCUUCCGGCUUUCGCGGCGACCAGAAGAACAUAACUCUCUUCAACAACCGGCUCACGAGAGCUGAAGCGGUGGCCGCUUUUGAAACUAGUCAUUUAAAUAGGAAUCUAUCCGCCACCCAGCGGGCCAGCGAAAUUGGCCUAAUAAAUCAUCUCAACAUUUCGGAGGACUUGUACAACACCAUCUUCUCGUACACGUACUUUGUGAUUGUGAUUCUGCUGCCGUUUGCGCUCGUCUGCGGCAUGUACUGGCGAAUAUUUUCCGAGGCACGGGAGAGUGGCCAGCGGAUGCGACAAAACGGGUCCUCGCCACUGCUGCAGAGCGCGCUCAACUUGGCCGCUGCCUCCGCCCAGCGACAGGCGGAAAAACAAGCCGAACAGCAGCGCCACUUAGCAGACCGUGACGGGUGCGACGGGCUCACGAUGAAAAUCGAUAAACAGAUCCACUACGAGGAUGAAACCAUCGUCGUGAGCAGCAUUCAACCGUGUAAUAGUAUUAAGCAGAAAGAAUCCUGCCUGAAGCCGCUGCUACAGCCAUCACCGUCGCCAACUCCCGUGCACCAACCCACCAACAAGCACCAAUCGGACGCAGCUGACAAGCCGACAAUAGUACAAAUUGCAAACAAUACCACCGCCCCAUCACCGCAACUCACGCCACUACCCCGGCUGAAAACGUCCAUGAAGCAGGACCGCAACCAUAACUGCAUGUUGGCCCCACCAAACGAAGACGACGACGAGGACAACAACAACGCAGCUGCCAGCUCCGAUAUGCCUCGCAAGAUCCGUCGCAAUCACAGCAGUGCCGGUCGGCUGGUCAGCUUCAACGAUGAACCCCCACGACCGGGCCUUCGCCAGGUCCACUCGACGCCCAACUUUCAGCAGUUGGCCUCGGCAGAGUUCGACCACAUUGGCAACCAUCACAUCCUGUCGCUGCCGGCCGUCCACGUCCCGCCCAAGGCGCUCAGCUACAUGACAUCGAUCCGACAUCGACUCUCGAACGCGUCCUCGCUGUUCAAGUACCGCGAGGAGUCCCGCGCCGCCCGUAUCAGUAUUCUGGUGAUAAUCAUGUUCCUGGUGUCGUACCUCCCGUACGGCAUCCUGGUGCUCAUGCAGGGCCACGUUGACCUGUUCCUGGUCUCGGACCAAGCCCUCCUAGCCAUCUUCACAGUGGUCAUCGCGAACCUCAGCUCCCCGUUCAUCUUCGCGUACCGCAACAAGCGGGUCCGCCGUGGCGCCCGCCGCCUGCUCGGCAUCGACAAGAAGACCAACGAGCGCCUCCAGAAGCUCACCAGCAGCAACACCCACUUCAACAACAACAACUACAACGCCAACAUCAGCUUUCACAACGUGCAGGCGGCUGGCGGCGGUCCGGACGACGGCCACCACAAGUGCCACAAGGUGCGCAUCGCCGCCGCGGCCGCCAACGCCGGGAUGCUGUCCCGGAGCAACAGCUCGUGCAAGUACCUGACGCCGAACCACGCGGCCGCCGUCGCCGUCGCGAACGGGUUCAUCGUCGAGUUCGAGCGGUACCCGUCGGACGAGCUCAACAGCCUGUGCAUCCAGAAGAAGUCGAUCCUGAAACGCGUCUGUGAUAGCUCGCGCAAGUGGGGCUGCAACUUUGCCGCAAACUCGUGCACCAGCAACGACGGCGAGCAGACCGAGGUGUAACUCUGUAAGGGAUCGCUAGAUUAAGAGGGUGUUGUAUGGUUUAAGACUUCUUUGUGCCACUCGUCAGCUGACCCAAUCAACGUCGCUCGUGAUUUGAUUGAUGCGAAAUAGGCGCGGCAAAACAAACGGAAGAUGAUGCUCUUGGAAACGGGAAUCGUACGUAGAUUGGCUGAUAGCGGGAUUGUUUUGAAAUAAUCAAGUCGUAAAAAUAGAUUCAAAUCUUUAGCUGAAAGUGAAACUGAUCAAUAGUUGUGAUUUUGUUGUCAGCUCACUCACGUGCUUAGAAAAAUGCUUGAAAUUUAAAUCUUUAGCAGUCAAAUCUUUAAUAUUGAUCUCAUGCAGUGCUGCAAAAAUUGCGAGCAAUUUUUUUGGAAUCAGUUUAUCAAAUGAAUUUACCUGAAAAACGAGUAUGUUCAUGGCACCGUGUAGCGGGGAAAACAAACAGCUGUCAAUUUAAUAAAAAACACCAAGUUCAUUUGAUAACUUUCUGUUGACUCAUUGUCAGUCUAAGUUUUAGCAAAUGUCAACCUGAUUUAUUUAUGGGGAAGAAGGAUCAAAUCCGGAGAAAGAUCCGGCAGCAAUUUGUACGAAUUUGACGUUUGCUGAGGGUGCUGAAAAGUUUGAUUAUGUUUUGCUUGCAAAAGACAAUAUGUCAGUCAACAUAUUUCACAGGACUUUGACAGCUCGAGUUCUAUCAUUGCUAGUUUCAAGACACUGUGACGAGAAGUUCUUAAUUUUUGGGUUAAAUUAUAUUUGUUUUCACUGGGCCUUGAAAGCCUUGUGAUUUACUUAUAAAAGAUGGAUCCUGGAUUAGUAUAAUAUAAGGCCGAAUUUUUUAUUUUAUAUCUCUUGUAAUUGAAAAGUUCUAAAUUGCUCACUCCGACACUUUCACAGACUACAAGAACGUGAUAUCAUGUAGUUACAGCGUCCAAGAAAGCUCAACCCUCGAUUCCUGGCAGCGGCAUUUCCUUGGCCUCGACCUAAGGCCACCCCAAAUGAGAGGAAAUUUCCCAGCCCGGCUGCUGUAUUUACAUAAAAGUCGCAUUAAUUCCGAGAGCGCGAUGCUAAUUUUCGUUCCCAAAGCCGGCCGGUCUAGUACUAAUGGGCGAUUCUCUCUUCGCCCCCAGGGGGGUUGGUGGUUUCGAUCCAAAACCGGACCCCGGCCACGCCAGGGGAACGUGUUUCUUUAGUUUAUUUUUUGCUCACCAGGGCAAUUACUAUCCAAUGGUGUCUGUACCUUCGUCGAGAGAUAAGCCCCGUGCAAUCUGAGACUUGUGUUCUUUUACAAUAUGGUGAACCCCCCACCGUGGUCCUAGACAGGUCGGGGAUUUGCCCCCGAAGACGUUGCUUGAUAAACACGAACAUGUUUAAGAUUUUCAAGUGUGGUGAAAAAUGUCUUGAGUCAUCUGUUCAAAAAAUUCAGAAUCUUCCAGAAACCAAAGAAGACCAACCUGUCCGACACUGCAAUUCCUCGUCCGAUUGUCACCGAAACAUGACACCUUGAUGUCUGUCUCAUUACGGUACGUGAGCUAUUGGCGCCAAACCCGGUGCCCUUAGCCGCUCAAACUCGUUGAGGUAACUCUAAAAUGGCACAAUUUGCUGAUAACGAGACGCGCGAAUUUUUCGGUGUCACUAACGACAAGUCGUCGCGAUUAUGCCUUGUAGACGCAUGUACUCCAUGCUUCAUGUAAUGGCCAUGAAAGAUCCUCAAAACUCGUUUUUUUCGUUGUUUUUCAUGACUUCAUGAACCAAAUCUGAUCAAAUUCCAUGACCAAAUUUAUAAUAGUACGAUGAACAAAACUAAUUUGUUAUUGUUUACAGAUAAUUUGUUUGUUUUUGUUUAUCCAAACACCAUUCUGCAAACGUCUACAAAGCACAGUCACAACGAAGUAUUGUCGCGUAACGAGCCCCGAUGAAUUUGGCACGUGCGACUUCUGGCCCUUGCUGAAUGCGACUUUCCGGCAGGCAGGCAGUGUCUUGAACGUUAUUAUUUCGCUCCAUUUCGCAGUGCCGCCGGGUUGACUCUAUUCCGGUUAUGCUAAUGUCAAGAACCGUAUCGCCUCCGGCGGUGCCAGCUGUGGACCGAUUUUGAAGACAUUUUGCUGGUUUGAACUGUCAAAAAUUAGAACAAUAACCUUUUAAAAGGUUUGGCAACACUGUUCGCGAACUGUCAAACUUUACACCUCCAAACUUUUCCAAACACUCUUAAGCGGUGUCACGUCUUGAAUCCCACUCUAUGCCUCUAAAGCUGUUACAGGGCAAUCGGAUCCAAUACUGCAAAUUUUAAAGAAACUAGACUUUAUCCACAAAGAUGUGAUCGCAGCGCGCCAUAAGGUCGUUCUCCAACCGCCGACGGUGACGGUAUUGGUGCGGCUAAAAAUAGCAAUUCCCCCACUAGAUUCGGAGGGAACCCGUCGGAGAUUCUGCAGUCAGCCAAUGUGGCCAACCAGACAGUGUUGAUGUCAGUGAGCGCGCGGGAAUAUUUACAAUUUUUCAUUGAAAUUUUCCGCGGUUUACUUUUUUUCGCGUCAAUCACGCCCGAGCAAGAGCAGAAUUACUAAACAAAAUCAAUCUCUUCCGUGACAAACGUGACGACGCCGCCGCCGGCGUCCAAAUUGCGACCUAAUUGCGAGCACAGGACGCGUUGGAGGAGUUUGGAGUACACCCAAGGGGGAAAAGUGUGACGAAAAGUGUCACUUAGCAUUUGGGCCUAUUUUUGGUCGGUUUUUUCUCACGCACACUAUUAAGCGUUGUUUUGGUUUCGCAGGUUGCGUGAGCAUGAUGCAGUUAGGUUUACGACAUGACGUCAUUUGACAGGUCGUGUGAACAAAAUGUAAACAAUGCGCGCGAGCUGUCAAAAUUCUAACCUCUCAAACAGGUCGGCGUAAAACAUUAUUAAUGACAGUUGUCAUAAUGUUGUGUCAGUUGUAAAAUUUUCCUACAGUGGAACUUUAAUAGGUUGACAGAAAUGCGUCGUUUAAUAUGACAAUACUAUCAACCAGUUUGUUUUCAUUUUCUUGUUCUUGGAAAUAAUGUUGGUUGACAUUUGGUUUUAAACUGAUUCGAGUUUUAGGUUAAAAAACACUUUCACUGUUUACAUGGACUUAGCCAAGUUCGAUACCGCCAUCAAUAUAGUUUGAUGAAAUUAACAAAAGUCGACCAAGACAAUGUAAACAAUGCAGACGAGUUGUCAAAUGACGUCAAAACUUCACUGUCAAAACGUGGAGGUGCGCAUUAAAAAACAAAAAAAUCUAAAAAUCCAGCCCAUGUUUUUGAACACUUGAAAACCUGCGAGGAUGUUUACCUUCCUCAACUGAUUACACGCGUUCGGUUCCACGUGAAAGUAAACACGAAGCCCGAUGACGGGACUCUUUUGACGUCAAUUGUCGAAACCACCACCACGUUGGUAGGUUCUUGUGCCCGGACAAUGUGCAUGGUAAAUAUCCAAGUCCCAAGUGCUGUCACCUCGCAAGGAAAUGCCCGCGUCCGAUUGCUGCUUUGCAUAAUCGAUUCCGACGCCCCGCAUCCUCCACCGUGCCGGGGAGGUGAACAAGAAAAUAAACUUCUUGAUUAAGGGAGCGGGUUUGGCAACAGCAAAAAAAGAGUAAAAUAAAUUCUGUUUAAGUUUUACCCCCCGGGUGAUAAAACACAAACAGAAAGUGAGUAAUUCUCGUCGUGAGGGUUCAGUUGGUUGAUUCUUUUCGCUAACGACAGCCAAAAAUUGUAGGAGAAGAAUCUCGUUUGUCUUGAUGCAGACAUACACACUCAUAUUGUGUGCUAGAAAUAAAUCAUAACCUAGAAGCGCCCACCUGCAGCAAUUAUAACGGCAUAUACAACGUGCUUACUUGUCACAAGUUCUUUGAAAAAAUAAAUUUGAUCAGCAGAGCCACUGACAGCUGUCAAGAGUUUGCGGACUUACUCGGACAUCGACCAACAAAGUGAUUGAAAUGUCAGCAUCAGUGUCAAACUAGUCAACCGGAAUUGACAGAAUAAACAUUUUGACGUUCUGGCUCACAAUUUAAGCAGGUAUUAGACUAUGACAAUCAAACAAACUCGCACUUUUUCGUGUUUGACAGUUUGCCGCAAACUACUCAAAAUGUAUGCAGGCUGACGUCUCUGCAAACAAAUGCAGGCGACCUAUGCCAAAAGUACGGGUUUUUUUUGUCAUAGUCAUACCUGCUUUACAAUAAGCCGCUGUUGUUCCAAAAUGCGACAAGACAGCACACGGUUGGCCACCACCAGCCACUGUGGCCACACUGCCAAAAUUAGCUCGCUAGACGACUGACCGUUACAGUAGAUUCUUGUAACGCUGAACAACGCGAUUAUUCUUCCGCCUGCGCAAGAUUUUGUAAGUAGAUGCGGACAGCGACCGGUUCCCAUCCGAAGGUCGCCCAAGUUUGUGGUGGUGGUGCGAUCUCUUUAUCACCGAUUUUAAGACAAUGCGGAAAUGCUUUGUUUUUUGAAAUGUGACUUAAUUAUCUUUACACACAUUUUCACUGCUGUAUUGGUGCCACCUUAUCUCUUUGAGAUCUCUUUUACACAGUUUCAAAGCGACUAAGUUGCACUCAUUUAACGUUUCAUGUUCAGUAAUCCAAAGAUCUGGCAACCCUGCCGAGUUUUACGAAUUCACACAGCUUUUCUUUCGUCGUAAGUGUUGAUGAAAAUUGCAUCAAAUCGUGGUGUUUUGAAAAACUUUCCGAUCAGUCAUACGUUUUGAUGAUCUGGCAACCCUGCCAAGAAAUAUCGCCACAUUAGCAAUCCAUUCAACUUGAUUAAAAGCAAACUGUUGUAGUAAUAAUGAUGUUUGGUUUUGAGUUUUUGACAAACUUUUCUGAUUAAUUGUGGACUUUGAAGAUCUGGCAACCCUGUCGUAAGAAAUCGCUAAUUUAGCGAUAUUUUUGCGGUUCGGAGAUGUAUGCUUUGAUGGAAAUUAUGUCCUGCUUUUAUUGCAUAUAGGGAAACUGUUAUUUCAAAGACGUCUGGGAGCACUGCCAAAAAAUAUCGUUAAUCAUUAAAAAAAAUUAAAAAAACAUGAUUUUACGAAACUAAAUUCGGCUCUCCAAGCAUAACUUACAACCAUUUCUUACAAAUUACGUGAUACAAGUCACAGCUUUGAACGUGUGAGUAAAUUUUUCCAUUAAAUUUUUGGCUUUGCACUUUUAUCCGAAAUCACACAGUCUAACUCAGAAAAAAGUUUUGAGGUAAAACCCAAAUUUGGCUAAUUUCAACUCAAUCUCAAGUAAUACUCAAUUUUCAAAGAUAUUUGGGUGAUUUAUUUUCUAAAUUGGGCAUUUUAAUGUAAUUUUUUGAGCCAGUUUCAUUUUGGAUUAACGUGUCUGGUCUUCAUAAAUGUUCUAAGUUGAUAAAAUGAUUUGAAAUAAUCUGAUAUCUAAUGACGUUGACGAGUGACACAAAGAAGAAGUAAGGUCCAGUUGUUGGAAAGGCACUUCCGGUAACUAUCGGCAUGCAUGAUAGGCAGGUACAACUCGAUACUUUUCUAAGACAAGAAGAAAAUGAAAACAAUACCUUUGUUAGUGUGGCGAACGCGGUAGCACAUUUUGUAGCAAAAUCGCACAAAUCUGGAAAAAAAAACAAUCGUUAAUCACCCCAGGCAGCUUGUUGAUUUGCAGUUACUCUUGGAGGAACUGACGAAUAGAGAGCGGUAAAUCUUACACGCUAAACCGAUGCUUUAAUCCACUAGGAAACUCUAAUCUGUAUACUAAAAAAAAAGUUAGCUACAAGCAGGAGACGCGAGAAAUCACACAAGAGCCUAUCGCUAGGAUGGUUCACACUUGUUAAAAUUGGUGCUUAAAUGGUUGCAUUUAAGUGUAACGAGAUGGUGAAAUAAAUGGAAGUGAAGCUACACAUUGUAACACACUGUAUUAAAAAAAAGCCUAUCAAAAUGGAUGUAUUUACCGACUAAAAACUAAUAUUUACAUAAGAGAGAACAAGGAACACAAAAAUGAUUAAAUUACGCAAAGCAGGGUGUCUAAAUAAGUAUUUUAACUUAGGUACGGUAUGAGAGGAAAACCCCCACCUCUGUUAAAGAGGUAAUUUGUACGGCAGCACACAACCACAACAAAAAACUAUGUAGUCAUAAUCAAAAUAGUCCCACAUACGCAUACAAACAAAACAAAAAAAAAGAUAGUAAAAAAGCAAAUAUUUAACGACGGUAAUUAUGUCCAACAAAAAAAAAGUGCAACACGACAAAACAGUGUUGCAAAAUUCCACAAAACCACACCAAAACAAACAACACAAAAAAAAACAAAACAGAACAAAACUGGGGUGUGUGCAACACACCUAGCAUGAACGCAAACGAAGGAACAACAAAUGAAAAGUUGCACAAGGUCAAAGCAACGCCGCACACACUGACACACCAUCACACACAAUUUGCCGACCGGCUUUCACCAACCUUCAAUUACCUUUGUGCAAAAGCAGUUCAGUGUGUGUGUCUGUGCAAGACAGAAAUUAACAAGUGCACGCUAAAUCAAAAACACACACACACACACGAACCUGUCAAAAGUAAGGCAACCAGCGCGGACUUGAACAAUGUUCCGCGGUAAAGUUACAGCAAGUUUGGUGAGGCAGUGAAGGAAAGUUUGAGACAUUUAAAUUAUCAAUGUUUGUGAUUACUCAAAAUUGAGUACUCAUCAUUGUCUUAAGCAUUUCUACAUUGCGUCACCUGAAAUGUGUAAACAAAAAUAAAACACUGCGAAACAAAACAAAACAAACAAACAAGGCCAAUUAAAGAGUAACCCACGAUAGGACUGAAUGAAAUAAUGAAAUCAAGUUCCAGACAGGAAGAGUGCCACUUGAGUAAAUCAACUAUUUUUUUCCCGGUGGGCUAAAAGUCCUAAAUUUAACGCAAACCCGUGCGUCAAUCAUCGUGUCUAGUUGGCGUUUGGCGGCGCUGUGACACACAAACUUCGUGGAAGGGACACGCACAACUCGAUCGAUUUGUCGUCGAAUUUAGUUUGGCCUAGAUUUUGAAUGCUAAUGACCCGGGUCGGGUCAAACUGAAGUAUGCUGGGAAUAGGUAAUGAGACCUCGUUAGAACAAUCGUUCAUGAUUGUUUUGUUAUUUUUGUGCCUGUCCCCGAAAACAAAAAAGAAACGCAAACCCCAUUUCACUGGGGAACAAUAAUUGUUCCCAAAACGAAACCCCCAACACAAAACGCAAACUGUCUCUCUAGAGAAAUAAAAAUCUAUCACUGCUGCAAACAAUUAGCGUGUAAGUAGUGUAGCGAGCGUCAUCGUUUAGACAAGUAGCCCUAGUAGGUUCGCCUAACACCAGCCUCCCGCCCAACCAUAUUUUUUUUAUUUAUUUUCCUUUAGCGUGUAAAACGAGCACACUCAGUUUAAGUGGCAGCGGAUUAGAUUAGGUUUUGUAAAACACUAAUUUAUAACAAAAAAGAAGAUAAAAACACGCGCACGUUAAUUUGUACCAAAAAUCAACAAAAAAUCCUAGUUUUAAGUAAGACAAACACAGUGACACUCUUGUUUUCCCGAACCAAAAUCGAACAUGUGCGAAAGAAAAAAAAGCAAGUAACUCUAACGGAUUGAAGAGGAGGAAGAAAAUGAAAAAAGCAGAGAAAUACUGAAAGAAUGUUGAGUAGUUUUAUGCUCGCAAAACAACUAAUUAACUGAGACAGAAAUAAAGAAACCCCAUCAAAAACUGUACACAAGCAAA